AUGAAUUCAACCGUUUUUAACACAGACAGUGGUUUAUUUUCCAACAGAAGCAGCGAGAGCUUUCUUUCGUGCUGUAAUUUGUCCUCUGUGGUGACGGACAGCGGUUUCGAGUCAACGGCGCUGGAUGAGCGGAGCGCGUUUAUCAUGCGCACGGUGCAGAUCGCGGUCAUGUGCGUGCUCGCGCUCACCGUGGUUUUCGGCAUAUUCUUUUUAGGCUGUAACUUGCUUAUUAAAUCCGAGGGCAUGAUCAACUUUCUGGUCACGGAGAGAAGACCGUCAAAGGACGUUGAAGCGGUUAUCGUGGGACCGUACUAG